UUUGUAGCAUACCAUAAGCAACAGCAACCAUGGCCAUACACAAAUCUCUCCCCUUUGCUUUUCUACUCAUUUUGUUAACCUUUCUUUCUUUCCAAGUAAUAUCAUUUGCAACAGCAGCACCAUCAUCCACACUCUCAGAAGUAGAGGCUCUCAUGAAAUGGAAAGCCAGCCUCUCAGCAUCACAAGCUCUCCAUUCAUGGUCUCUUCCUUCUGCUAAUUCUACCACCAACAUAAUCUCUCCAUGCAACUGGACUGGGAUCUCAUGCAACAUCCUUGGAAGUGUCACAAGGAUAAGCCUACCGAGUCUGGGUUUGGAAGGUAAGCUCGAUAACUUGAGUUUCCCGUCAUUUCCAAACCUCCUUCAUCUUGAUCUCAGCGACAACACACUCAUAGGAACCAUUCCAGCCCAUCUUGACACUCUUUACAAACUCACCUCCCUGAAUCUGUCUGCAAAUGAAAUUAGUGGAUCAAUACCUCUGGAAAUAGGGAAUCUUGUGAAUUUGAAUGAGCUUGACUUGUCCAUUAACCAUCUAGAUGGUUCCAUUCCUUCCACUUUAAGAAAUCUGACAAAGCUUUCCACCUUGUACCUGGACCAAAAUCAAAUCUCUGGCUCCAUUCCUUCACAAAUCGGGAAUCUACAAGCUCUGGUUGAGUUGACAUUGUUCCAAAACAAUCUGACUGGUCCGAUCCCUCCUGCUUUGGGUAAUUUGCCCAUGCUCAAAAUUUUGUAUUCAUCCAGAAAUCAAAUUUCAGGCACAAUCCCUAGAGAGUUAGGGAAUCUCAAGAAUUUGGUCAAGUUGACGUUGUACCGAAACAAUUUGACUGGUCAGAUCCCUCCUGAAAUAGGGUAUCUGGUUAAUCUC